AUGAUUGUAGCCGCCGCCAAUUCUCAUAAUCCUACUCUAGUUGGUGCUUUGACCAGGCUUCAGAGGUGUGCAUUCAGUAGAAGCCGGGAGAUCCAAAUCAUUGAUGCUCAGGCUCUUACGACGAAUUCUCCAAUCUUCAAACUUCCCUUCAAUAACCUCUCUUCACGCUUCGGUUUGGGAAGUGAGGUUCUUCAUUUUGCUGCACGCAGAAUCAAUCUUCAGCUUCGACGCCAACGCUUCGUCAUCUAUUGUCGCGAAAUCGACGGUAUAGCAGGCGUGACAACUAGGACUGGUUUGGCUGUGCCUGAGAACCACUGCUGUUAUUCUUUUUGUAUGUUUGGAAAUGAGACAGGUCUUGGAAUGCAGCUUGUGGAAUUGGUUUCUAAUAGCAGCAUACUUGUUGGUCCUAAAUGGUUAUGCCAAUGUCUUCCAUCUAGAAGAGGAUUCUACCAACUGUUCCAGAAGAGUUUCCUACGCCGCGUUUGCACUUUAGAACUAGGAUCAAGAUCCUUAGCAGCUUGCUCUCUUUAUGGCAGUUUCAGCCCUUCUGAUUCAUAUUUCUCCGUGGCUACUAAUAGGAUUAUCCUCCUCACCAAUUUCAGUGCUUACAUCACUUGUGAAGCCCUCUCACUGGCUUAUAUUGAUAGAGAGUAUUCCCUUGCUCCUUUGAAUUCAGAUACUUUGACUCUUACCUUUAAACCUUUUGACAAGCAAAAAGGUGUUUUUGCUUUCGUCAAUGGCAUUCAAUUGAUUCCGAUUCCUGAAUUGUUUGACUCUGCUGCAUUGGUAGGGUAUGUUGAACAAAAAGUAGAAGUCAAAAGCAUGAGAUUGCAAACCAUGUUUAGAUUAAACGUUGGUGGGCAGUAUGUGUCUCCAGCCCAAGAUUCUGGCCUUUCUAGGAUGUGGUACGACGACACGCCUUACUUGUAUGGUGCAUCCACAGGUGUCACCAACAAAGCUACCAAGGAUGUUCAAAUCAACUACCAAACUAUGCCACAAUACAUUGCUCCUGAAACUGUCUACUCAACGUCAAGAUCAAUGGGAAAUGAUAAGAACGCGAACAUAGAAUACAAACUCACGUGGAUUUUCCAAGUUGAUCCAAAUUCCAUGUACCUCGUGAGGUUGCAUUUCUAUGAGUAUUAUUAUUCCAAGGUGAACGAGAUUGUUUUCAAUAUACUUAUCAACAACCAAACGGCAGAGCCUCAAGUUGAUGUUAUUGGGUGGACAGGAGGUAAAGGCGUGCCGACUUAUAAGGACUAUGUGAUACAUGUCCAAGACAGUGAUGUGGAUGAAAAACUUUGGCUUGCACUGCAGCCAACACCUGAGACAAAGCCAGAGUUCUAUGAUGCCAUACUCAAUGAGGUGGAGAUAUUCAAGCUCAAUGACACAGACUUGUCUGGCCCCAAUCCUCAGCCUUCAGACAUGCUCCUAGAAGACCAAGCAGAGGAAAGAGGUUUCCAAACACACGAAGGAUAUAACAGGAAAGUCGUCAUUGGUGGAGCCGCUGGUGGUGCUGCAGGUUUUGCUUUUAUGGCGGCAAUCUGCAUUACUGUCUUCAACAAGAAGAAGAGAGUUCUAGGGUCAUCCACAAACACAAGUUGGCUUCCCAUAUACGAAAACUCACACAUAAAUGCCAGUAAAUCCAUGUCUGGGAAGAGCAUUGCUAGUGCAAACCUCGCUGCCAUGGCUCAAGGUCUGUGUCGAUAUUUUUCCUUACAAGAGAUAAAGCAAGCAACCAAAAGUUUUGAUGAGUCCCUGGUUAUUGGGGUUUGGGUGAAUUGA